UGAUAUGCGUAAACAAUGAUACGAGAUUAGGUUUCUAAAAACCGGUUAAUAACAUUUUAAUCUUGUCAAUUAUUUGAUGAAUUAUCCUACUUUUAAAGUAGUUCAGAGACGUCUUUUACAAAGGCUGUCACUGAUUCACUUCUAGUUAAUAUCCUAAUAGGUUAGCUGAACGUUAACAUAAUAAUUUACAAACCCCGGUUGGAUCUGGAUGCACUAAGAUUUCAACAUAAACUAAAUUAGCAGUUUAACUGCAAGUGACAGAAUGAACCAAAAUGGUGAUACAAAAGUCGCUCUUAUAACUGGAAUUACUGGUCAAGAUGGGUCUUACCUGGCCGAGUUUUUGUUGGAGAAGGGCUAUCAUGUUCACGGCAUCAUCCGAAGAUCAAGUUCCUUCAAUACAGGCCGUAUUCAACACUUGUAUUCCAACCCCACAUCACACAAGGAAGGUCGGAUGAAACUUCACUAUGGAGACAUGACUGAUAGUAGUUCUCUUGUCAAGAUAAUCAGUACAGUGCGACCAUCAGAGAUCUACAAUCUGGCAGCACAGAGCCAUGUGAAGGUAUCGUUUGACCUAAGUGAGUACACGGCUGAAGUAGAUGCAGUUGGUACUCUUCGACUACUCGACGCCAUCAAAACUUGCGGUCUUGAGAAGAGUGUAAAGUUCUAUCAGGCAUCAACCUCCGAACUUUAUGGGAAAGUUCAACAAGUUCCACAAAAAGAAACCACUCCUUUCUAUCCAAGAUCACCUUAUGCCGUAGCCAAGUUGUAUGCCUACUGGAUGGUGGUCAACUACAGAGAAGCCUAUGACAUGUUCACCUGCAACGGGAUACUGUUUAAUCAUGAGAGUCCAAGACGAGGGGAGAACUUUGUGACGAGAAAGAUCACCAGGUCUGUAGCCAAGAUACAUCUCGGACUGUUGGACUCUAUGGAACUUGGCAAUCUGGACUCUAAGAGGGACUGGGGUCAUGCGAAGGACUAUGUUGAGGCGAUGUGGCAGAUGCUACAACAGGAGCGACCUGAGGACUACGUGAUUGCCACGGGCGAGACACACAGUGUGCGCGAGUUCGUGGAGACGGCCUUCAGCCUCGUAGGUCGGACAAUCGUCUGGCAAGGCUGCGGACUGGAGGAAGUGGGGAAGGAAGCUGACACUGGCGUCGUCAGAGUUAGAGUCAACCCGAAAUACUUCCGUCCAACUGAAGUGGACCUAUUACUCGGGGAUUCAACGAAGGCAAGGAAAGCAUUUGGAUGGGCUCCCAGAGUCACAUUUAAGGAAUUGGUGAAAGACAUGGUGGAAGCAGAUUUGGAGUUGAUGAAGAAAAAUCCAACAGCAUGAAAAUAGUAUUAAGGAUGGUAUUUUUAUAAUUAAUCAAUAUUUGUUGCUUUGCAAAAAUCACUUACAUCACCAAUAUAAGUUAAGGCAGUUUGAGAGUAGGUUUAAAUGUAUAAUAUUGGUCUAGUAUGUAGUUUUAUAAGAUCUCUUAUGAAAAGGAAUAUUAAGUUAUACUUCUUAGCUAUCUCAUUAAGGUCGAUUCACACACGUCAGUCCAGUCACAGUUAAGUCUCAGUUGUAUCCGCAAUUCCUCGGUCAACUGUCCGUCAUUUUGUUUCAGUCAGUCUUACGUCACUUUAAUACGGUGAUGUUACAGUCUGGAAUUUUUUAUUAAAACACAAUAUUCUAUUUAAAGUUUUCAUCAUCCAUGUUAUGGUUGGUACAAAUUACAAACAGUAGUUGAAGCAUAAACACAAUAUUUUGAAUAAUAAAAAACAGUAUUUUUUAUGUCAAACACAUGUACAUUGCACAUUCCCCAGGCAUCUAAACAAUCCCAAAAUAUCGAUGGGAAGAAAACUGAAAUUGACUGACUUACGGACCAGCAUUGGAACUGCGCCGGAUGACUGUAUAGCACAAAAGGAAAUUAAUUAAAGAAUAUUUUUUUUUACUGUGGUGUGACUGAACUGCGACGUGCCAGAACUUAUCUGUGUGAAUAGACCUUUAUAAUAGCUUUUAAGUUACUUGAGAUAAAGUUAUUAGUUCUUGAAGCUUUAUAGGGUAUGAGUUAAAACUAUAACAAGAAAAGUCAGAUUUUUUUUUCUUUUCAAAAAAAAAAAAAGUAUAUCAAUAUUUAAAAAAAAAACCUACAGUUCACUUACUUUAGAUUAAAGUUCCCUUAAGCAUAUCAUAUUCAAUAUGAAAAAUGUGUUGUUGUUACUAAAAAUAGUUAACUGUCUGCACAUUUGGAACACAAACCAUACCAAAGUAUUGUUAAGGAUUACUGAGCACUGUCAAUUAAUAGGCGAUAUUGUGAGUUUAGUGCAAGACCACAAAGAUGGAGGAUCAAAGAGCUAUCAUGGUCUUCUCUUGUUAAUCAGGCCAUUUUUUCUAAUAUAAAUAUAUUUUUAAUUCAGAUUAAGAAUCCCCUUAAAGUGAUCCCUUAAUUGAUCGUUUAAGUGAUCCUUUACUUGUUUCAAAUUGUACAGUAAACAAGAUAAGCAACAAAUUUGCAGCAUGGCUCUUUGAUAUCAUGUCAUUGAAUACCUAUUCUCCUUUUUUGGUAUUAAAAAGUGUAUAACACUAAGUUAUAUGAAAAGUAAAAUCAUUGUUAGCUUUUUAAUGAAAAGUAGCUCUUAUAGUAAGUUUAUUGUACACUUAUACUCAUAUUUUAUUCAUAUAUUUAGUUACCUUAACAUGAGAAAGUCUCAGAAAAUUUGCUGUAUCUGCAUUUAUUUUUUAUUUAGUCUAUAUUAUCAGCUAAUUUUUGUGUAUUAUGAAGAGAAGUAGCGUAGUGUUCAUGGCAAGACAUAGUUCCUCUAGGGAUUUUUAAGCUCCCUAGAAGCCAAAAACCCUUUUUUUCAAGCUGUUUUGUGUAUAGGCCUAUGUGUGGUUUUAGGUACAAAAACUCUUGUACACAUUCUCUGAUUUUUAUGGACAUUAGCACUUUGGAUCAAACGAGUAAAUCAAACCUAAUUAAAUGAGAUUGUACCAUAGGAAGGUUGAUUUGACACCCCAAUAUUAGUUUUACCCUGUAACCUAGUUUAAUAUAUGCUUAAAUAUUUUUCACCCUGAAUUAUACAAUGUUAUCUAUACUGAGCAUAAAUCUAAGUGUAAAUGCAGAUUUUCCUACCCGGGAAUUGGGUUGCGUUUCCCAGUACCUUCUGAAUACACAAGUAUCAAGGAUGGUGUUUUCCUAGCUGAAGUUUUCUUUUAACUACAGUUUUCACUCAUCAUUGACUAAAAGAUUUACCUAUACAACAUUCAUAAUCCCGCAGCCGAAAACCAAAGGUAGAACAAUCUGCUUUAAAUUGUUUUUUCAUGAACCUGUUAAAAAACCGCAUAUGAGCAACCAGAAAUUAUUCAUUCAGUCUGCAUGUUUGCUGCAAUAGAGAUAUGUUUGUGAUAAUGAACUAAAUAUAAGUGUAGUGGAGACAGCACACAUGUAUUGUAUUGAACUAAAUAAACCUUAGCAAAUACUUGACAUUUAGAACUGGCCUCGGGUGAUGUGAGGCCCAGUGCAAACAUUCAGAACGGGACAGGGCCGAUUUACCGAAUAGGCACGGUAGGCACGUGCCUAGGGCGCGAGGCAAUUGGCAUUUUUUGGGGGCGCCAAAAGUUUGGAAAUUGAAAAAAAUCGUGGUAGUAUUUGCAUGCUAUCACGGUAAAAUUCUGAUAACCCCUCGCGGCCGUGUAGGCAUCGUAAUCGUCUCCCGCGUUUGCGGCGAGAUUCUUCCUAUUUUCUGCAGUCAGGUCGUUUGGACAUAAAAUUAUCGUCUUCCAUGAUCGAGGCAAUAUCCCGCGGUCGUGAGGACAUUAUCAUUGUCUACCGCAAAUGAGGCAAAAUUCUGAUAUUGUGAUACGUGUGGCCAUAAUCAUCGUCUUGCGCAAUUGUCAUAAAAUUCUGAUCACCCCUCCCGGCCGUGAAGACAUUAUUAUAUUGUCCCGUUGGUCGUUUGGACAUAGUGAUCGCCUCCCGCGAUUGCGGCAAAAUGGUAAUCAUCUCCCGUGGACAUAUGGAGAUAAUCGUUUUUGGCGAAUGAGGCAAAAUUCUGAUCUUUUCCCGCGGUCAUGUGGACAUUAUCAUCGUCUUGAGCGAUCGUGGCAUUAUUGUGAUCAUCCCUCGUGGCCGUGUAGAAAUCAUUAUUGUAUUCCGCGGUUCUGUAGACAUCGUAAUCGUUUCCCGCAGUUGUGAAGACAUCGUAAUUGUCUCCCGCGAUUGCUGUAAAAUGUUAAUAAUGUCCUCAUCCAGUCGUGUGGACAUUGUCAUCGUCUUCCGUGAUCGCGGCAAUACUCUGAUUAUUCGUUGCGGCUCUGUAGAUACCAUCAUUGUCUUCUGCGAUCGCGGAAAAUUCUGAUCAUCCCUCGCGGCUGUGGCUAGACAUAUUAUCGUCUCCCACGAUCACGGAAACGUCACUUUUGUCAUGCGCGAUCACGGUAUAUUGAAAACUCCAGGUAGAAAUACAAAAUUCACGGUUCAAAAAUCUCCUGCAUGAUUCCCGGAUUUCCCGGUCGGUGGACACCCUGUCAUAUAUAUAUUGCAAAGGGGCGCUACUAUUAGAUGUGCCUAGGGCGCUGACAGGGUCAAAAACGGGCCUGGAACGGGAUAACAUUCCCUUCAUUACUACCAAAAUAUUAGUAUCCCAUCAAUACUAACCAAAAUCUCAAUGUAUAUUAUAUAUUUAGAUUUUUUUGUAUUUUGCACCAAGCGAGGGGCCCUGUGUGGCCGCACCGUCCGCCCUUGCCUAAGGCCAACUUAUUUGACACUGUUAUGGCUCUUUUUUAGUUAUGUAAUCCUAAAAAGGGCAUUUAUUUUGUGGAUUAAACUAAAAAAAUAUUUAGUUUUGUGUGAAUUUAUUUUGGGGAAUUACAGCACGGUAUGAUUUAAUCUGACCACCGCAGAUGGAAUUGUCUUGUUAUUUCACUGCCUGUAAUUUGUUUUAAUAAAAU